CAAAAUGGCGGCGACUGUUCAAAAUAAUAUGAGCCACUUUGACUUAAUUUAUUGCAAUUUCGGUAAAAGAUUUAGCGGCGUUUCAGUUUGCAUGGUAAUUCCAUGGUAAUUGGGUAAUUCAUUCGUUAUUACAAAUAUUGCAAUCAGAUCAAUCAGUCACCCAAUCAUACGCAGAUAUUUGCUGCGGAAUCGCUGUUUGCUAACCUUGUCCUUAGCCGGUGAGCUUGAAUUUUCUUUUCGUCCUACAGCAACUUGAAUCGCAUCACGCGGAAAUCAAUUGAAAUUGAAAAACGCCCAUCACUUUCUUGAAUAUGGAUUGAAUCAAGCAGGCUGGGACGUAGCAGGUUCUGUAACAUCCACUUCCAUCUUCAAUACUAAGCAUCACUGAUUCAGCAUCUUCACUAGCUAGCUCAUCACCCUCAUCACCUUCAGCACCUCCUCUGUCAUCACCAGCACGAUGCCUUCGCGAUCGGGCACUGUGAAGAUCUUCCUGGGUAACCUGAGUGACUCUGCGACACCAGAUGAUGUACGGCCUCUGUUUGAGGAAUAUGGCACCGUGGUCGAGGCCGAUGUCAUCAAGAACUACGGCUUUGUGCACAUGGAGAGUGAGCCGGACGCACAGCGGGCCAUCGCCGCUCUGAACGGUAAAACGGUGCGCGGAAAGCCAAUGGUGGUCGAGAUGUCAACGGGAGUGAACCGACGCAGCCAGGCCAGACGCGGGAGAUGUAAGAUAUUCGUCGGAAAUCUCCACAAGGACACGACAACUGACGAGCUGCGCGGCCUGUUCCUUCCGCACGGGAAUGUCGUCGAAGCGGACAUCAUCGCCAACUACGCCUUCGUGCACAUGGAGACCGAGGACCAGGCCCAGGCGGCUAUAGACGCCCUCCAAGGUGUUCAGCUUCACGGCCAGGAGGUCCGUGUACAGCUGUCCACGAGUAGUGUCAGGCCGGUCCCGGGAAUGGACAGGGCGGAUAUCUGCUUCAGAUGCGGCAGUCCCGGACAUUGGAGUAAAGAUUGUGGACGCCAAGAAGUAGCGCCGAGCGCCUACGCUGCCGUGCCCGCGGCGGCGGUGGACUGGAGUAGCUACUCCGCGGCUACGCUGGGUGCCCGAGAGAGGGCUCGCUACGCUCCCUACCCGGCCUACGCGCCUCCGCCGGCCUCGUACAGACGCGAGCCCUACUAUGAGGCAUCUUACGCCGCCCCCACCACCUACUACGACGAGUAUGCCGGCCUGUACGACCGCCGUCGCGCCGCCGCUGCUCUGCCUGCGAUGCACGAUCCUUAUGGACCGCCGCCGCCGAGACGCUAUGCUGAAGAUCCUGCCGCCGCUGCUGCUGCUGCUGCGGCCGCUGCGGCGGCACUGUAUGAUAGGCGGGCACCGGCCCCGUACCGGUACUGAGAGAGGAGCGCUGGAGCUGGCAGCGUUCCCGAUUCUGGGAUUACGUACAACACAAAAGGCCUGGCGUGAGUGUCUGGCCACCUACCGGCCUUGGUUCAAACUACAAGUGUCGACUCCUCCCGCAUGGUGUCGCGAGUAGCACCAGGUGGCGCAGAACGACAGACUCCGGCAAAUUCGUGCACUUCUAGUGUGUAUUUCUGCCGCUAGAGGGCAGAGAUUCUGUUCGUGUUUGCUGUCUACAUACACCGCAUAAUGGUGUUCAUUCGGUCGUCUAAUCAGCUGUCUACAGAAGCGACCGAAAAGCGUGCUGAUUGGUCGCGGACUCCAUGACGUCACAGUGAGAGAAUCGACUGUAUGACGUAAUAGCGAGUCGCUUGCGUAUGUGUGACGUCACAUAGAUUAACGUCUGGUAGCAUUAGUCUUUUUCUGCAUUCACGUCGACUUCGGUGAAGUUAUGUUCAAUAAAAUUGACUGAAAAAUA